UAAACAACUAUCGUAGCGCGACGCGCGCCUCCGCUAUGAACAAAUGUAACCUUGAGCUGUGUAUUCCGCAUUGUGUCAACAACGAGGCGCGUUGACCGGCAAGUUGACGCUGUACUUCCGACGCAGUUUUAUUCCUCGCGCCCUAAGCAGGUGAUCGCCCGAGUGAGUAAUUUCGGUGUAGCCCAGCUCCGGCGUUCAUCUGCAGGCCUGCGGAGUCGAUCGACGCGCGUUUUUUCUCAUUUUCGAAGUAUGAAUCAUAUUUCGUCAGUCUGAGGAUAUGGACGAAGCACCCAAGAACGUGUUCACGCGGAGACUCUCGGCUCGCCGCUGUAUCGCCGCAGUAAGGCUAGGCCUGGCUGGACCGACAAAUCACCUCGCUCCUCCUCUUCGCCUCCGGAUCAGCUGUUGUCAGGCGCUGUUCCGUUGUUUACCGCUCGGUGCAAAAGCUGACUUUGCCCAAUGCAUGCGCUGCGGGCCGAUAGGCCAGCACAAAAAUUGGUCUUGUAAUCUCUAUGGAACGUUGAAAUUGCCUUCUCGGUCUCAUUUGCGCCUGCCGUGCAAGUGAGAAACCCUCCUCGGCGGCGUUAAAUUGGGGCGGUCCGCCUGUGGGCCCCGAUCGAGCCGUGCCAUUGUCGUCGUUGUCAUCCCCAAGAUUGCUGCCUUCAGAGAGCGGCUGCGCCGGUCGUAAACGGUAAUCCCUCUGCGGACGCGCAGCACAAGCAUUGGAGAUGGAAGAUGGAAGCCCGCGACGUACCGUGGGCUCCGACAUAUGCCUGACACAGCGGCAACGGAAAUUGGAAGAGGCGGCGAAAACGCUCUCCUGUGUGCGUUUACUUUUCGCUUCUGUAUUUUGGCCAAAGUCAUGAGGAAGCAUCUCAUUGUCUUUGACUUUGAUCACACAAUCAUUGAUGCCAACAGCGAUGCAUACAUCCAGAAGCUAGCACCAAAUGGCGAGCUACCUCCAGAAAUCAAGGAGCGCUACACCCCAAAUGGAUGGACUCCAUUCAUGCGUGCUGUUUUCCACUUUCUGUACGACAGCCAUGUGCAGCCAGACGAUAUUUUAGAUUGCCUACUUGAGAUCAAGUUUGUGGAUGGCAUCAUUGAUCUGCUUAAGCAACUGCACAAGGCCGGUGGCUUUGAGGUGGUCAUUAUAUCCGACUCAAACUCUGUCUUCAUCGAGCACAUCAUGCAGGCCUCUGGAGUGCGGCCCCUGGUGCACGAAAUCUUCACAAACUACGCAUUUUUUGAUGCCAACGGCUGUCUGCAAAUCAGCGAGUACCACAUGCAGAACUGGUGCAAACUGAGUUCGGUGAACCUCUGCAAGGGCUCAAUCAUGGAGGAGUACCUGGAGCGACGGCGAAAGCAGGGCGUAAACUUUGACACUGUCUCCUACGUUGGCGAUGGCAACAAUGACCUCUGCCCAUGCCUACGGCUACGGCCGUGCGACCUCAUUUUUCCCCGUGCCGACUACCCACUUGCCAAGCAACUUGCCAAGGACCCCGAACAGGCCAAGGCCAAGGUGCACCCCUGGAGGACAGGAUUGGACAUUGCGAAUGUCCUUCUCAAGAACUGUGUUGUCAACAAUGUGACUGAGUAGUGUGAAGCAGCAAGGAAGUACCAUUGCGCCGUCCUCUUCCCCUAUGCACUAACCUGUGCGUGUGCUUUGAAACAUUGUUCCUUUUCUAUCAGCUGUCAUUCAUGCUCCCGGAUUCUUACUGUGCCCGUUUGGAGUUGCUGCUUUGGUCAAGCAGUGUUUGGGAGGUUAGUUGCAUGAAAGGGAGGAAGUACCAAAGAUAACUUCCUUCUUGCACGUAAAUGCCGACGCAUGGUACAUGCAUCACAGGUCAUGAGAAAAUCGUAGUUGUGGCACAGCUUUACAUAGCAGUGAGCAAAGGUGGGCCCCUUGUGGGCAGUAACUACAUUUUAGCUGAUGCUAAACAGUCAUGAUUAGGGAGACAUUUUCACAGUUCUUGCAACAAAAAUUUAAAGGUUAAGUGUGUCUAACAUUGGUGUGCAUUAACAAGCUUACUUCAGUAAUCCUUUGUAAAAAUGUACAUUGCCCUGAAAAUUUUUGGUGGUUCAACUACUUAUGCCACUAAUAUUGUGGCUGGCAGACUGUUUUGCCUACUUCAGAACAAACUCAGCACAUUGCAUGCGUCAAAUUUUUUGUACAUGAAAUUACUAUGUGACACACAUUAGGUUGAUAAAAGCCACCUUGUGAUGCCAUCAAACAGGCUGUGAGCAUGUCUUAUUUCGUAGUAAAACUAAUUAAGCAGCAGUCAGAUAUUUGUAGAUCUUUGCACAGCCAUGUUCAUUUAUUUGAAGCAGUCAUAACUCCUUUAAACAAGGUAGUAGCAUAGUGCUUUACCUCGGCAAAAUCAUUGUCUACUGCAUUACUCUUAGUGUUCAUUGCAGUGCAUAAUGGCCACUUUGAUUUUGUGAUGUUUCUUGCGUGCUGUAUUCAACAUGUUCAAUGGCUAUACCAGUCUGCACAAAUUUGAACCUAUGCAAGGGUUCAAAAUUACACUUAACAGUUAGUGUUAUUUAUCGCCAUCAACGUGCCCAACUAGUUUGAGCAUCUGUGCAGUGGCGUCAUUUCUCUCCACAAAAUGCUAGCACAAAAUGUGCGAUUAAUGCUGUUUAGUGUUUUGAACAAGUGCGUGUUACAUCUAAACAGUCCCUGUUGAAAAUGCCAUUUUCAGUUUUAGGGGGAUGAGUAGUUUCAUCAUGAAUUCCACUGGUCGUUUCGGAGGAGCUAUUGGAGUACUCAAGUAAGCACCGCAAUCACUUGGAUUUUGCUAAUUGAAACCUGUCAUUGGAGCUCCACACUAGGUUUCAAUGGAAUUUAUCACCUGCAACCGACAUAAAUGACUUUGGGGCUUGCAAUAUCAUCCCUGCAGUGGGGCAAGAGAGAGCAAUAUGCCAGAGAGCUAUUUCAUUCAGGGCAGGUGCGGGGUAAGGUGAUAGGCAUUCAAAGUGGUAGAUGCGCUUUUAAUGAAUAAAUAGAAUAUUUUCACCCGCAGACAAAUAAAGGUGCUCCAGAUCGACCAGUGCAAUGCCGUGUUGGCAAGUGCAAGAAAGUACAGUGCUUUUUCUAACUUCUAUGUAAAUUCGAAAUGUUGGUAGGCCUUUCUUUUUUUGCUGCUCAAACCUUAGCUGAGGGCAUGGUGCAAGUCGAAGCAUUUCAUGCAAAGAAUGCUACUCAAGGGAGAGAGGCCCAAGAACCUUUGGCGCUCUUGCUCGCGCUAUGUUUUUGGUGGCCCCUUCCUGCUCGGUACCUGUGGUUUGGAUGACACUUUGAAUGCAAGUGCAGUGUGUGUGAGUAUGUAAGAACCCCGGGCUGUUUCUACACCCAGUGGUGAAGAAGGAUGCCUUACAGGCACUCGUUUGAGAUUUGCGCGCUUAUCUUUCAGAUCUGGGAAAAUCCCUGUGACUGGUCAAGUAGUCCUGCCCCCUCAUUUUAGGAGUGCUGCACUAACAAAAUGGCAAAACCCUUUAAGUGUUUAAGCGUGUCAUGUUGGAUGUCUUGAACUCAUUCUGUUUGUGAGAAGCAAAAUUGAAACGGGAAGGGGGCUUUUUAGUUGAGCUUGAACAAAAUGGCCUUUUACAAGUUUGCUUCCAAAGAUCUACACUUUUUUUCCUAACCUAUGCACAUUUGUGAAAAUGCAGCUCACAUGUCAGCGUUUUUGCGAUGUUGAAGGCAUGUAUUAGCAUAUGUAAGAAGCGUAUAUUUUGAGAUGGUGCACAUUUGUGCAGUUGGUUGCCGACAGUGGCAGGUCUGGUUUCACCUAUGUGUGGUACAUAGUUUGGAUGUGAUGACUUGCUGCAGCUGAUCAUUGCAGAAGCCUGUAAGAAAAGGCAAGGCAGGAGGCAUUGAGGAUACAUCAUUCUGUAUUAUGCCUAUUUAAAUGCUCCUCACAGAUUCCCGCAAUCAGUUAGCUGCACUGGUCAUGUCACUGCCAGGCGCACAGGAUUGGAAAAACGUUUGUAGGCUUGAUUGUGCAUUGGUUAAGCAAAAAUGUACGCCAAAGACGAGCUUGUUGAUGAUCUCUUUAUCUAGUUUAGCCUGAACAAUCUACCUCCUUCUGUUGCAGAGGGGGAGAGAAUAAUGCUAGGUCAUGUGAAUUACUAUAGUUGUGAGUUUAUGGUUGGCAAAUCCAACACAAGUUUGUCAAAGGAGCUUGUCACGGCAGGGUUGGCAUAUAGUAUUGCUUAGGCUUGACUUUUGAGCAGCUAUCUUUUUAUACAAGUUUUAGAAGCUUAUGAAAUCGAGUUGGUGGUGUUAACAUUUAUUGUACGUGCAUAUAUUGCUUGACGUAUGCACCCUGCCUAUUCAUGUCUGUUCAGAAUGCAAGUGAGAAAAUAAAGACAUUCCUUUACAAA